AUGCUCGAGAUAGGAUUGGUGCCAAAGGCAAGCGGGAGCGCCGGAUUUGGCCGUUUCUAUCCACACGAAGGGUACCUCGGCUUCUCACCUGUUGUCGUGGGCGGAACGAUCGUCUCUCGCCUACCCCCUCUCUAUGCCACUCUUCCCACUCGCCAAGUCACCAUCACCAUUCGCUGCGUCGCAACGCGGACCAUCGGGUCGGAGGUCGAGGCGGUAUUAUGGGAAAAGGCGAAGCGGCUAUGGGAGCCGGCAGGAGAGAGCGAGUACGAGGAGCUGGGGGACUGGACCUCACCAUUCCAGGUGGUCGUCCCUGUUGAGGCGGCAUGGGAGGCGGCGUCGGCGCAGUGGACACGGGAUCUGAAGGUGGCCUGGCAACUCCAGGUGGCGUUCGACCACAAGCCAAUACCCUACGUCGGAAACCGAAUCGUCAAGACCUACCUUCUCAACCUCCAUUCCUACGUCCACGUCCCCCUCCCUCCCCCAUCUCCCCCCUCCGCCGUCCUUCUCCCCGGCGCUCAGGUCUCCCUCAAUCCCCCUCACGGCGUCUUUGGACCCGGCGACCCCUUCACCGUCUCAUUUCACGUCAAACCGGACGAUCCUAGUGCGUCCAUUCGGCGCACCACCCUCAUCCUCGAACGGCGGACCCAGCUUAUCGACGUCCCCACCGAACGAAAAGCGCGCAAAACAUCCCCCUCAUUUCCCACCUGGCGCCGGUCCCAUUCUCCCCAACCUUAUACCAAGCUCGAAGAGCCCUCAACGCAUACAACCAAAAUCAUGGAAAUGACGACAGAUGAGGCGGUACCAGGGAGCGGAGGGACGUAUUGGGUGUCGAUGACGGGGAUGAUACCCAAGCGGGAGGGCAAGUGGGAGGCGGGAGAAACGGGAGAGACCAAAGUGACGCGGACGACAUUCGAGUGUCGGGUCAAGGUCAGCCUCAAGACCAAGUCCAAAUCGGCCAAGGAGAUAUCCUGUCCGCCGGUACCCAUCAUACUCGUCGGAACGUCCUCCACGGAGCGUGCUACCGCUCAGGCCAUCCUCGCGGCCGAGGCGGAAGCGCAUCCCAAGGCGUCCUUGCCAAAGCGCAGGCACAGGUCAUCUCGGCGGGGGCUGUACAUGCACGAGGGAACGACCGAUAUCGCCGAUCCGGUCGUUCACGGUCCUCGCACAAGCUCUGGUAGGCGUCGGCGGCACGAAACAGCUCCAUCCGCCUCGCCGGCGUCACCCAUAGAAGGCGUCAAGCCUAUACUGCUCCCCUCCAACCCCACUCCCCAACCCCAGUCGAUCUCAUUCGCUUUUCCCGCCAAGAAAGGCUCGAGACCGGCGCUACCGAUCACCACGCUCAUCCAUCCCCCAUCUCCCUCGGCCACUCCUACAGACACCUUCCCGCCGGACUUGUACUCUCCACCCGUAUACCCCGACAUGUCCCUCAUCCGGCAAUUCCAAUCCUCCGGUCGGCGCAUCUCCACCUCAACCUCGGAAGAGGACGAGAUGCAGCCAAGCCGCAGCCGGAUUCGCCUCAACGACACCGAGGAGAAUCCCUUCUUCUCCUUUCCCCGGGGCCUUACCGACCUUCCCUUGCGAGCGGGGGAGAGGCCUAGUCUACCCUCACUCGACGUCCUCGGGCUGCGGUUGCCACCCGUGCCAGAGUACGAUCCGGGGCCGCGUCGUCCACGCACCGCUCCGGUCCAUUCGGCCUUUCCACCGGGUAGCGGCGGCGCCAGCAGUAGUCUAGGGAUGGGCGGGAAGAGCAACGUCCCUCCACCUUUAUCAGGAGGGAUGGCAUUUCUCACUCCGGAUGGAAAGUCGCGGAAUGCAGGCGGGAUGGGUGCGAGACCGGUCACGUCUGGAUCGGGGGUCAGGGAUAGGGGAGAGAAGCGGAUCGAAGAGGAGGGGCCGUUUGCGUUUGGGAUGCAGCGGUAG